AGACCGCUAUGGCCUUCUACAGGAGCAUGUGGACUCCGAAGGACAUUGAGGCGGCAAAGGGCCUUUCCCAGAAGGACGUGUUCAGUCGCUUUCCCCAAUCUGCUAUGGAGACAUUGUUUGGGAUGAUGGCCAUGCAGAAGCAGGUGGAAAUGGGGAACGCCAGGGCCCGAAAGUAUUCUGACAGCCUGGAGGUGGCUAAUAAAGAGAACGACCUCCUUGCCAUGAAGAAUACCGAGGUGCUGGUUCGGCUUGACAAAGCCGAGCAAGAGAGAGAUGUCCUGAAAAAGGAGAAUGAUUCCCUUCAGGAUGAGAAGGACGCCCUCCAGCUCGAGAAGAGCGUCUGGCAGACUGAGCAGGAAUCACUCAGAGAAGAGAAGGCAGAACUCCAACGUCUUCUAGCUGAUGAACAGUCUGCUCGGAUGGCUUUUGAAAAAAGAGCUCUGGACGAGCGUACCGCUCUGAUCGACGUUAUCAGCAGAGUGGGUGGUGGGAUGCUGGCCCUUCAUGCUCGGUUCUCCAGGGUCGGUGCUCUUCGGUAUGCUCAAGGAUUCCGGGAAGGCUUCGCCGACCGGGUUCCGGAUGAGGGACAGACCAGCACCACUCCGGAUGAGGUAGACCAGGAUCUGGGGAUCGAGCCUCUGGGGGUCUAUGUCGACCCAGAACCCACCGAAGCGGAGCGUAUAUUUGAUGAGUGCCAGGACAUCGCAUCCUCAAGGAUCAUCACAGCUCCUCCUACCGCUCUGCCACUGACCGCUCCCCAAUCGUCAACCGUGGCUCCCUCUGUAGCCACUGCUGACGCUGAACCCCAGCCGAACGACUCAGUUAUUCACCUGGAUUCCCCACCUCAUGAAGGUGAGGCGGCUGAUGGGGCCGAGGAGGCGAGUCGGCAGGACCAGGAUGCUGUUGGUACUGAGGCGUCUAGCUAGGGCUCCUUCGAAUUCUUCCAGUUCAUAUCUUCUUGUAAUGAUGGACACCUCUCUUUUGUAAACUAAAUGUUCAAUAUUAAUGAAAUGGCCGAACUCUUUUUCUUUAUGUGUUGUGCUCUGUUCAACUUAUCUUCAGUACAUAUAUAUCUUUUCUCUCUUUUUCUUUUUAUAUUAGUUUUGCUGUGUGUUUGUACGGCAUGUGCCUGGCGCUCGGCUAGAAUGCCACUUGCCACUUGGCUUUAAAUUUUUAGCAAGUGUCUGGCGUUCGGCUUAUAGUGCCACUUAUCUUGCUUAAGUGCCUGGCGCUCGGCUAGA